GGAGGAGGCGCUGAGGACGGAGGGCGGCGCCGCCCCGGCCGCUGCUGGCAGUGAGCGACAAACCCCCGCGCUCCCCCCGCCUCCCUCCCUCCCUCCCUCCAUCCCUCCCCGCGCUCUCACCUCGCCUCGCCCCGCCCCGCCCCGCCCGCUCCCCGGGCCCAUGGAGGUGGUGGAGGGAUGCCGCCUGCCCGUCCUCAGGAGAAACCAGGAGAACGAGAACGAGUGGCCUCUGGCUGAGAUCCUGAGCGUUAAAGACAUCAGCGGAAGGAAAGUAUUCUAUGUCCAUUACAUUGACUUCAACAAGCGCCUGGACGAAUGGGUCACUCCCGAGCGGCUGGACCUGAAGAAAAUCCAGUUCCCUAAGAAGGAAGCCAAGACUCCCACCAAGAACGGGCUGCCGGGCUCCAGGCCAAACUCCCCCGAGAGGGAACUGAAGAAGACACUCGAUCUCUCUCUACACUCCUCGGCAGCAGGGAUUGGGAAGACCAUUCCAACACCGGGCUUGCCCUACUUAGCAGCAAGUGCUAGUUUGCAAAGGGUCCCAGUCGACAAGCUACCUGACAGGACCAACAGCAUCGAAAACGUCACCAAAAACUUGUUAUCCAAAAGGAAGUUGGAAGCGGUCUCCCUUGCUACGCAGUGCUCCCCAGUAACUCCAGCAGCGGCAGCUCCAGAGAUCCCAACGCCCGUCUACGCACAGCAGAAUGGUUCGGCACGUCGGCCGAUGCCACAGGUGGCCGGGCGGAAGAGGAAGGCAAACUGCUUGGGGACCGAUGAGGACUCGCAGGACAGCUCCGACGGCAUCCCCUCGGCCCCGCGCAUGACGGGCAGCCUGGUGUCGGAUCGCAGCCACGAUGACAUCGUCACCCGCAUGAAGAACAUCGAAUGCAUCGAGCUGGGCCGCCACCGACUGAAACCCUGGUACUUCUCGCCCUACCCACAGGAGCUGACCUCCCUGCCCGUCCUCUAUCUCUGCGAGUUCUGCCUCAAGUACCUGAAGAGCCUGAAAUGUCUGCAGAGGCACCUGGUAAGUGGCAUGGAGCGUUGGGACUGUCUGAGUCGAGUUACUCUCUUCAGCGGUAUGUUGUGGGCACAUCGGUGUGUGGGAAGGAACUGCAGAUGCUGGUUUCAAACCCAAGAUAACCAUAUAGUGGAAGGGAAAACCGUGACGGGCACCCGAGAAGCCUCUGUCGGAUCCUGGGUCUCCUCUCAUACCGCAUGCUACUGGUCGCAGACCAUCCUGGAUAUACUGAUGGAGCUGAAGUCGGAGAACGGUGCGAGAGGUCUACAGAGCACCAUCAAUGAGAUCAGCGAACUCACCAGCAUCAAGAAAGAAGAUGUCAUCUCCACCUUGCAGUACCUGAACCUGAUUAAUUACUACAAGGGUCAGUACAUACUCACUCUGUCCGAGGACAUCGUGGAAGGCCACGAGAAGGCCAUGAUGAAGAGGCAUCUCCGCAUCGACUCCAAGUGCCUGCACUUCACCCCCAAGGACUGGAGCAAGAGGGGCAAGUGGUAGCCGGAGUGGACGGAGCCGACAGAGGGAGCGGGAUCGCGCCUCUUAACCCCCAGAGGACUGGCCUCUCUAAACCCCCCCCCCCUCCCCGCAGCGCCGCUCUCCCGCGCCUACACCCUCCCCGGGCGCCGAUGGCACGACCGGAAUUGCCGCCGGUCGUGGGGGAGGGGGGGAGAAAGAGGUUCGGCGCACGGAAGGGGCCAAGCGGUUGGCCGUGCCGUGCCGUGCCGUGCCGAGCGGGCGUUUCACCGGGACCGUGUGUCGGUGAGCAGGCGGAGUUGGAUUCCCCCUCAACACCCACUGUCACCGCACGGACUCUGUGGGGGGGGGCCCUGCCAGUGGACUGGUCUGUGAUUAUUUCCCCACCCACCCCACUGUAAACCCUCCCCUGUGUCUGUGUUAGGCUUGCAAUGGCAGCAAGGGUUGUAUAGGCUUUUUUUUUUAAUACAAAAUAUGAAUCCGGGGUUGUAUAAAAAAGUAAAUAUUGAUGUAUCAUGGUUGGGAGCGGCUGC